AUGCUUAGGACGACGAUACAGGGGUGGUUGGAUGAGAUUUAUGCCAAGGAUCCGGUGAACACGCAUAUGACGAGUGUUAUGAACUCGAAUAUAAUUGCUGUAGAGGAGGUGAAGAAAAAAAUUAGCACAUACAUUAUAAAAAUUACUGAUGCAUCUGCUAUAACACCCAACCUUACCGGAAAAGUCAAAGAAAAUUUGGAAAGCAUUCAGAAAUUUCUUAACGACUUCGCUGGAAAAGUUGAGCCGGGACAGGCUGAAGAAAUGACGGGGAUCGUAUAUACGCAGUUGCAGGGCCAGCGUGGUCUUCCGGUGGCUGAUAGAAGUCAACUUGGAACCGCCGUAAAAUGCAUCUUAUCCGCCUUGUACGCCGCGUCUAGGCGGGUUAAAGAACAACUUGAAUUGUUAACUACUGACCGAUUCUCUGAUUAUCACCUAGGCAAGGAAGUGGAGGCUGCGAUAACAAAAAUCGGGGAAAUCGGCAACGAAUUUGUAAGUGGUACUAGCAAAGCAACCGCCGGCAAAGCAAUUGACAACGCCUUCGUAACCGUGAAGGAGAAAAUUAAGGAUCUUGAGAAGGUAUUAAAUAAAUCGAGUGGUUCCAUUAAAUCAACUGCGGAUGAACUGAGUAAUACUCUGCGUGAGAUCGACGAUCUUAAGAAAGAAAAAGAUUCCAAUGGUAAUAAUGACGGUGUAAUUAAUAAGGAAAGAAAUCAGGCUGCUGAGAAAUUGGAUUCUCUGAAGAUUACACUAAACAAUAAACUGUUCAACAUUCGUCACGUAGUAUUGAUUGCUGGCGACGCUCUUACGAAAAUAACAAGAGCAUUGAGAUCCGCGUUGUCUGAAGCAAAUUCUGAAGUCAACAAUGCCAUUUCAGACCUCACAAGGGAUCUCCUCGACGCCACCGAAAGAACAUUCGACGAGAUCACAAAACGAGUAAAAGAACAAUUUGCUGCCUCCCACAAAUCUGACCUGACUGCUUUGAAAUCAUUGGUCGACACGCAAAUUCCCGAAGUGAAAAGAUAA